AUGUUAGGACAUCUCAUAAUCCAAGACUCAGAUGAGUCUGAUGAUGGUCUCACUGAUCCUAGAAUCCGUAUUACUCAAAUAUCACAGUUGGAGAAUGCUGGUACAUCUUUGGGCCCAGAACAAUACCUCAAUCCGGAUGUUCCAGGCCAGGGUCACCUAAGCGGCGACGUGGUGGCCACUGACGGCCAAGAUCCUUGUUUAACCGUCAACUUUGAUGAUUAUCUGGUCUCCACAGGGCAGACAGCUGCGGAUGGAAUCCAACACAGUCUAGUUGGGAAUAGUCCUUUCGAGGGGAAGUGUAUUGAUGUACAUACAGAAGCAGAGCCCCGGACUGUUCUUGAGAAUGAGCUUGCUGAGCCCUUCUGUUCCCCUCUAAAAGGUGGUUUGAAACGAAGCAGAACAACAAUGAAUGAAGAGAUCAUCCACAAUACUAGGCAAGAAUACCAAAUGUCUAAACGGAGUAAAACAAUGGUCCAUGGGGAAAACCAACAUUCGUUUGAGCCCUCGUGUUCCAUGGAUAUUCUGAUUAAAACAACAGCUGAAGCUGGCCCUUUUGUCUUGGGUCAAACCCCCGCGAAUCUAAUAAAUGAGCCACUUCAAAAAUAUGACCUAUUAGAACAAAACAAGGCUCAAUUUAGUAGGCAAAAUGCCCCUGAAACUACGACAUCUAGUCCAUCUAGUUCAUUUAAUGGCUGCCAAACUACGCAAAACAAAAGCCCCCUUCGCCGCUCAAAAUCGGUGACCGUUCCCAUCAAUUCUCCACAUGAUACUGAACCGUUGUCGUCGACGAGGUAUGCUCGAGCUCGGCGAACUUUGACACAUCCUACAGACCAGCCACUCCCGGCCUCAUCCUCAAGUAGUGUUGAUGAGCUCUCUCUACCCGUUUCAGUUAAGGUUGUUGUAACAAAGGUUGAUACUCAAGACGAUACAGCAGACUCCCAGACAUCCGAUACCAUUAACUUGGCAUCUGAUGAUUUUGGAGGGAUGCCAAAAGAAAUGUAUAGACCGAGACCUUCUAGAUCUCGAGCGAAGGGAAGCGGGCCAAAAAUCGUACCUCGCUCGUCGGCAGAGCCCUAUCCUAAUAAUGGUAGAGAGGUUGAUUCUAAUAGUUUGGAUAUCCUUGUGGAUAACCCAGGCUAUUCUGGUAACAAUGAAAGAAUGCCGGUCAAUAUAACGGAAGAGCCACCUGAAGCGGACAAGCCAACAAAUGUUUCAACAAAUAUAGAUAUGCCUGUUGUUGCCCCCGCAAUUCCAACGUCGAAGGUUUUACGGAAGGAAAAUAAGUCACAAAAGAAAAGAAAGCUAAAGAGAGGGAAAACCAUGUCAAUUAUUCUUAAGAAAUCAAGCGAGUCAGAUAUAGAGGACGACGUUAUUUGGGUGGAGAAUGCGCCCGUUCCCAUUGCAAUUGGAAAUAGUGCGUUCAACCUUGAAAGCGGCACAAAUGCUCUCCGAACGAAUGAAAUUACUGCUGCGCAACAGACGGUCUCUGGAAAUGAUCCCGAUGAAAUACCGGCACCUGUACCCCCACGAAAGAAGCGUAGCAGAAAGCCGAAAAAUGCGGAUGUAAAUGUGCAGUCAUCCCUGAACGAACCCAACAAGAAGUUUAAUGGCCCCAACGAGAGCAAGGACACUGCAGAACCCAGUACUCUGGAGUAUCAUUCAAAUUUACCAGAAAACACCACGCCUCAACCCCAUGAUCCCGCAAGCCCGGCUGCGCCCUCUCUUGAUACCUCUAAUAUCAAAAUACAAGACACACACCCUCAACAACAAAAAGACAGCAUUGAAGACCAAGAUCACCAGGAACCGAUUCCAUCAGGCAAGCAAGAAAUUUUGCUCGCUUCCACACCCCAGAAAGCAGGGGCAAAGGGCCCAGACAAGCACAGUCCCAUAGCAAUAAACAACAGAGUUACCUAUCGUGUAGGACUGAGUCGUAAAGCGAGAAUUGCGCCAUUGCUUAAAAUUAUUCGGAAAUAG